AUGCAGGAGAAGAACUCCACGGAGGUCUCGGAAUUUCUACUUCUGGGGUUUCAAGACCUCGAAAAGCUGAGAAAUGUGUUAUUCUUAUUUAUUCUUAUUUUGUACUUAGUAACGCUGUUUGGAAACGUAUUAACCAUUUCUGUGAUCGCAACCAGCUACCUUCAUGCUCCCAUGUACUUCUUCCUAUGUCACCUCUCCUUUUCCGACAUCUUGCUCACCACGAAUAUUGUUCCGAAGAUGCUCUACGUUAUACGGACAGAGAGAGCCACCAUAUCUGUCACAGGCUGCUUCAUCCAAAUUUAUUUCUAUGGUUUCUCGGCCGCCGCAGAAUGCUACCUUCUUACCGUCAUGUCUUACGACCGCUACCUGGCUAUCUGCCGCCCGCUUCGCUAUGCCGCCAUCAUGGACCUCAAACUCUGCCUCUUCUUAUGCGUGUUUUCGUGGCUCUUGGGUUGUUUGUCACAGCUUAUCAUGGUCACGCUGAUAUCAGGUUUAAUAUUUUGUGGCCCCAAUGCCAUUGACCAUUUCUUUUGUGAUCUUGCCCCACUUCUGGAUCUUUCCUGUUCGGACACAUCAGUUCUAGAACUGGAGGUUUUUAUGUCCUGUCUCCCCAUUUUACUGUUUCCCUUUGUCUUCAUCAUUGUGACUUAUGUGCAUAUCUCCAUUGCCAUCCACAACAUAACUUCCAACACCGGGAGACAGAAAGCCUUCUCUACUUGUAGCUCGCAUCUUGCAGUCGUUUGUACUUAUUAUGGAACAUUGAUGGCAAAAUACAUGGCUCCCUCCAAGGGGCAUUCACUAAACAUGAAUAAACUCCUGUCUCUUUUAUAUAUUCUGGGCACACCGAUAUUUAACCCUAUAAUAUACAGUUUGAGGAAUAAAGAAAUUAGGGCAGUGGUGCUUUUAUAUCUCUUUUCAAGAAGGACAAAUGUGUUGUAA